UAGACUGAUCAAUCGUUGGACGAUCGAUACCGGUACGAGAUUUAAAUUGAACGGAGAAGAUGUCCUCGAGCUCGACCACCGUCCUGUUGAAGAAACGCGAGAGGACGCAGAACUGGGUCCCUGAGGAGAAGAACGCGUUGUUCGUUUUGAUCAAGGCGCACGUGAACGCGAUCGAGAACAAGAAGAUCGACGCCGCGGCAUCCGCGAUGAAAACGUUGGCCUGGCAACAGAUCCAUUGCGCCUUUCGUGGAAAAUUCUCUACCGACAGGGACAUCGCCAGGAUGAAGGAGCAGUGGAGGAGGAUGAAGGCACAGGCGAGAAUGGAGAUGUACACCUUCGCGGAGAAGGUGAAGACUAUCGGUCCCGAGAAAGCGGCCAAGUGUCGACCGUCGCCCCUCUCAGUGGAGGUAUGGAAAUUGAUGGAAAACGCGAGAAAGAACGACGGAGACGCGGACCAUCUGGACGAUAACGGGCAAGAAAGCACGGAGAGUUCGACGAGUUUGCAGACAAUCCUAGACAAGCUGACGUCCCCCGCAGAGGAAGUGACCACGGUGAACGAAAUUAAACUCGAGGUGGACAGCGAUGAGUACAACUCCGAAGAGGAGGCGAGUCAGUGCGAACUUUCCAAGAGGAAGUCGAACAUGCAAAAGAAACGGCGUUACAAUUUUCACGAUGAGCCGAUGAAUCUGGCGGAACCCAGGACCAACUCCACGGUCGACAUCGUCAAUCACCCUGCUGUCGACAGUUCACUGCUAUCCAAUACGAGGGAGAAAAUUAGUAGCGAACAAGAGGAUUCUACUCAGAGAUCGAUAUGGAUGUUCGACGUGGCUCAACGAGAGCACGAUUUGAAAAUGAGGGUGUUGAACAUCGAAUUAGAAAGGGCAGAAUUACAAAAACAAACCGCAGUCAAUGAGCUCAAAACCUCGGAACUCAAAAGACAAUUGAUCGAGAGCCAAGCUGCUGAAUACUGCAGCCAAGUGAGAAUGACUGGUGAACGUGGGUCAGGAGCAGGUAAAGGAGGUGGUGGUGGCGGAUCUAUUCGCGACGCUGGUGGAUCUUUUGGAAAAAUGGAAGCUGCUCAUGAAGAUCAAUAUUUUUAUAAUCUGCAAAAGCGACAAAUCCAGAAAUUGAAAGACGAUCUGCACGACGAGAUCUCUUUCCACGAAGAACAAAUUAAACGCCAUCAAGAGGCCAUAAACCGUCAUAAAAAGAGAAUCACAGAUAUGAGCAAGGAAUAAAACACUUAAUCUAUUGCGAUAUUUCAAAUUUCAAUACGUGAAGUUGCUAUUUCUAAUAAUGUACUUGAUAUACAUACUGUAAUAAUAGUAACUUCAGUAGACUAUACUUUUUUUUAAUCGCAACACGUUAUGUAUAAAUAUAUCAUAGAAUAUAUAAUAUAAAUU